AUGGGCUCCUCCAAACGUGGUCGUAACAGUGGGCGUAAAGUUUACCAUAUUACCACUAAUAUUCAUUAUUUUGAUAAGUUUUUUGUAAUCAAGCGCCUAUCGGAUAAUAAAGAGACCUUUUCUUCUGUUUCACCGUUUCUUGUGCAGAAAGCAAUAUCAGCUACAGUUGGUGAUGUCCUAUCUAUUCGGAAAAUGCGAUCUGGUGAUCUGCUAGUGGAAAUAAACACCAAAAAACAAGCACAACAAAUUAUCAAACUCAAAGCUCUUGCAGAUAUUCCGGUUUCCUUGAAUUCACAUACAUCUCUAAAUUUCUCCAAAGGGGUUAUUACCUGCGGAGAACUAUUCAAUGUGUCUUUAGAAGAAAUAUCCCAUGAAUUGAAACCACAAGGAGUGACGCAAGUUCGCCAGAUUACAAUUCGGCGAGAAGGUCAAAUACUCCCAACUAAACACUAUAUACUUACAUUUCACAGUCCUAAUAUACCAGAAUAUAUAUAUGCGGGCUAUAUAAAGUUACCAGUUCGACCGUACAUUCCGAAUCCUUUAAGAUGUUAUCAGUGCCAGCGAUAUGGUCAUUCCAAAGUAAAUUGCCGCGGGACACUAACUUGUGCCCGUUGUGCUGAAAAAGGGCAUGACAGCCAGCAGUGCACCGCAAAAGAAAAGUGCGUGAACUGCGGUGGUGAUCACCCUUCAUAUGCUCGAUCUUGCCCACGCUGGAACUUGGAAAAACAAGUGACAUCAUUAAAAAUAAAAGAAAAUUUAUCAUACUCCGAAGCCAGGCGUAGGGUCCAAACUCCUACUCCUGGUGUAAGUUAUGCUUCCGUUGUCCAAAAAUCGUUUUGCAUAAAUUGUUCCUGUGAGAACUGUAUGAAGCAGACUACAAAGACAAAACCUCCUGCAAAAACUUCUGAAUCUGAUUCUGAGAAUUCUGUUAAAAGCCUUCCAGAAUCUCCUAAACCUGACCUGUCAACAUCGAAAAAAAUUCGGAAAAAAAAACUCAGUCCUCACUGA